UGCUGUUGGGAUGAGAAAUACAAAUCCGACAAACAAUUCGUACAAAAGUUAAAUAGCUAUUAAAAAUAAAUAGCAAUAUUAGUUUGGUGAAACAAAAAAACAUCACUCAUACGCCAAGAUGGUCAAUCUCGAUUGCCAGUCCAGGCGAAGCACGAAAAUAUCGGUUAUUAUUCUGGGGGGUGCACUAUGCACCGUUAUGAUGGCCUAUUUCGUUUUUGGCGACAAUAACGAUGAACAGGGUCUAAGAAACCUACGAAUGAUCUCGAUUGUUUUUCGGCAUGGUGAGAAGACACCUAGUUCCUUUUACCCCACUGAUCCACAUGCCCUACAUGAAUGGCCGGGUGGUUUGGGAGCACUUACACAGAAAGGCAGUCAACAGGCUUAUAAUUUGGGUAAAAAUUUGCGCAUGCGUUACUAUCGUUUACUGCCGCCAAACGGUAUUUAUACGCAGCAACAGGUACUCGCUUCAAGCUCGGCGGCUGAACGCUGUAUUAUGAGCGCGCAAAGUGUCUUGGCAGGUUUCAUGCCACCACUUGACCACAACAAGGUUUUGCCAAUUCCAUGGCAGCCAGCGGCGGUAAAUGUUAUACCACGCAGUGAAGAUACGCUCUUGGCGCAAAAGAAACCGUGUUUGAAAUAUGACACAAUUCUGCAGAAGUUGUAUAAGAAUCCACCACCAGAACUACGAAAGUUAAACGAAGAAAAUGCGGAAUUAUUCAAAUUGCUAACGAAACACUCAGGCAAGAAUAUAUCGACGCUAAUUGACGUUGAAAUGUUGUAUACAACUUUAAAAGUAGAAGCUGAAGCAGGGCUGGUAUUACCUGAUUGGACAGAGAAUAUCUAUCCUGACAAAUUGGAGUCAUUAGCCGCUCGUAGUUACUCACUUUACACAGAAUCGAAUUUGAUGAAAAAAGUGAAGGGUGGAGCGUUUUUAGCGGAGAUAAUUAAAAAAAUGGAGAAUAAGCGAAGGAAGAAUUUAAAUCCUGAUCGUAAAAUAUUCUUAUACUCUGGGCAUGAUAUUACAUUAGUAAAUAUUAUGAAUACCUUAAAUAUACUGGAUCAAACAGAUACAUUACCAAGUUAUGCAUCUGCACUUUCGUUUGAGCUACAUCAUAGCUCUUUGUUUAAAGACGAUUUCGAAGUAAAGAUCGUUUAUUAUUAUAACAGCGAAGACAAAUUUCCAAAGGAAAUUCACAUACCCAACUGCAAUGUUCCAUGCUCACUUACCCAAUUCAGCAAUUCUAUAAAUCAUCUGUUACUGGACGAUUACGAUGAUACAUGCGAAAAUCCUACCACAGACUGCAAAAACUAGGAGCGCUUGCAAAAUUAAUUAUGGAUAAGGACAUUUUUACAAAAUGUCAUUUAUAACAUUUGAAGACUAAUAUGUGUAAGAACUUCCACAAGUUUAAAAGCAUAGCACCUACUGAUAAAAAUAAUAUGCUGGUUAUUUUAUCUGAAUAUUGUUAUAAUAACGGGUUGGCAGUUUUUAAAUCCCCAAAUUCGGGCAAUGCACGUAACUUCGAUGGGAAAUUCAGUUCACUUAAUACCGAAAUUUGGUACAUACAUAUGUAUGUAUAAGCAUUUAUAUUCCAACCAAAACAAAUCGCGUAUGUAUGUAAUAUUGUAAUGAAAUGAUCAAAUUCCAUACUUCCUUUAAUUUUUAGAAAACAAUUUGUAGAAAAAUUGGAAUGAAUAGCUAUUUACCAGAAAUCAGAAAAGAAAUAAUUGUAAAUAAUAAAUAUCACGUUUGCUGGCAACGCCAAAGUCCUGUCGGCAAACGAGUCAAUUCAAUGAAAA